AUGGGGCCCAAGCAGCGAGUGCAAAGGCAGGAGCCCCAUCGCCCGGUGCUAACCUUUCACCUUGGCUCUCACACAGCUCCCGGACGACAGUCGGCAGGAGCACUUCCAAAAGCUUUACUUCUCCUCAAACCUCCAUGGUCCACAGCCUUCGAAGGAGAGACAGUGACUCUCUUCUGUAAGGAUCACCAUUCUCUAGCCUGGGAAUACGUAUCUUGGUAUCACAAUGAGACUCCCUUGAGAAAACAAUCCGGAAAACUCCAAAUAAGCAAGUCUGGACAUUACAGAUGCAAGACCCAAAGAUCUUCCCUCAGUGACCCCGUGCAUGUGCAGUUUUUACCUGACUGGCUGGUCCUCCAGGCCUCACACCCUGCCUUUGAAAGAGAUAAAGUAGUUCUGAGAUGCCGAGGGAAAGAAGAAGAAGAUAUUAUGGAAAGGACUUACUACAAAAAUGAAGAAAAAAUUGGAAGUUCUUAUAACUCAAACAUCACAGUAUAUCCAGCCUUCAACGAUGAUAGCACAUAUCGUUGUACUGCUUCUGGGAUGUAUAUUUUGGGGAUGUCAUGGACAGAAACUUCAAGACCUUUAAAGAUCCAAGUUCAAGAGCUGUUUCCGAGUCCUGUGCUGACAGCCAGCCCCUCCUGGCCCAUCGAGGGGAGCCCCAUGACCCUGACAUGUGAGACCUGGCUUCCUCCACUGACAUCGCACACUAGACUUCAGUUCUGUUUCUUCAAAGAGCACCGGGCUCUGGGGGCCGGCUGGAGCAACUCCCCGGAGCUCCAGAUCCCCACCAUGUGGAGUGAAGGCGCCGCCUCCUACUGGUGCCAAGCGAGGACGGUGAUACCCAGGAUCCUGAAAACAAGCCCACGAUCCCAGAUACGUGUCCAUAGGGUCCCUGUGUCUGAUGUGAAUCUAGAGACGCAGCCCCCUGUGGGCCAGCUGAUUGAAGGAGAAGACCUCGUCCUUAUCUGCUCAGUAGCUGCGGGCACAGGAACUGUCACGUUCUCCUGGCACCGGGAGGGCUCAGAGAGGAGUUUGGGCAGGAAGACCCAGAACGCCCUGUCUGCAGAACUGCGGAUAGCCUCCGUGAGGGAGCAGGAUGCCGGGAGGUACUACUGUGCGGCCGACAACCUGGAUGGCCCUGUCCUCAGUAAACGGAUCAGAAUCACACCGAGAGUUCCAGUGUCCCGCCCCGUCCUCACCAUCAGGGGGCCCAGAUCCCAGGCCGUGGAGGGGGACGUGGUGGAGCUUCGCUGCGAGGCCCAGAGGGGCUCUCCCCCCAUCCUGUACCGGUUUUAUCACGAGGACGUCCCCCUGGGGAGCAGCUCGGCCCCCUCUGGAGGAGAAGCAUCCCUCAACCUCUCUCUGACUGCAGAACAUUCUGGAAACUACUCCUGCGAGGCCAACAACAGCCUGAGAGUUCAGCGCAGUAAGAUGGUGUCCCUCAGCAUCACAGUUCCAGUGUCUCACCCUGUCCUCACCCUCAACCCUGAUGUGGCCCAGGCUAUGGUGGGAGAUGUGUUAGAGCUUCGCUGUGAGGCCCAGAGGGGUUCUCCCCCGAUCUUAUACUGGUUUUAUCAUGAGGAUGUCAUCUUGGGGAACACCUCAGCCCCCUUUGGAGGCGGAGCAUCUUUUAACCUCUCUCUGACCACAGAACAUUCUGGAAACUACUCCUGUGGGGCUGACAAUGGCCUGGGGGCUCAGAGCAGCGAGACGGUGUCACUUAACAUCACAGGGCUUUGCAAGAACAAAGUAACCCAUAUCACUGUGGGAGUCAUCGGGUGCUUGCUAAGCAUGCUUGGUCUCGCUGCUACGGCUGCUCUGGUGGGUCGCUUCAGAACCCAAAGGAAGUCAGGGGCAAUCCCAAGGAACAUCGGGAGCGUUCCUGGCCCAGACCCUCCAGCACAGGCCCUCCACAGCCCACCCAGUCUGAGCCGGCCAGCCCUAAUGGAGCUACAGCCCUUGUACAGCAACGUCAGUCCUGGCGAUGACGACCUGGUUUAUUCCCAGAUCUGGAUCAGACAGCACAGAGAAGGAAGUCCAGCACAUUCACCAAGGACACAUCAGAAGGGUGAGGUUUUCCACCAGGAACCUGCAAUCGUCUAUUCAGAGGUGAAGAGGGCAGACCCCUACGACCCUGCACGGCAGGACCGUGAGGAGGCCGCAGAAGGCUAUGAGAACGUCCCGUGCACGUCGCUGGCCUUGGACCACUAGCCCCAUACCCAGGGCGGCCCCCAGAUGCCUUCUCCCCAUUCUCUGCAACCACUCACCUUCCGUCUGGGAGGCUGGGUGGAAGAUCCGUCCCACUGCUCCGUGACUGAGUCUGGGUGUUCUGUGGGAACAGAAGGGGCAGCAUUUCAGUAAAUGCUACACGUUUUCACAGUAGAGACACAUGUGAAGGCAGGGCAGUUGGGCCUUCACCUCCUGGGCCCGAGGAGCAGAGGAGGAAGGAGGGAUCGUCUAGCCGGGAUCACGAGGGCACAAUCAAUGGCCACGUGUUCCAAGCAUGAUCAAAAGCCUUCAAUGCACCAUCUCUGAAUAAACAGUUUGCUCCAAACACCUUGCUUCCUUUUUUAGGUAGACAGAUGGUAAGUGAUGAUGCUGAUGCUGAUAUUACUGAAUAAGAUUCGGGAGCACCUGGGUGACUGAGUCGGUUGAGGGUCCGCUUUCGGCUCAGGUCAUGAUCUCGCAGUCCGUGAGUUCGAGCCCCGCGUUGGGCUCUGUGCUGGCAGCUCAGAGCCUGGAGCCUACUUCGGACUCUGUGUCUCCCUCUCUCUCUGCCCCUCCCCUGCUCAUGCUCUGUCUCUCUCUGUCUCAAAAAUAAACGUUAAAAAAAUUUUUUUUUAAUGAAUAAGAUUCGGGGAUGCCUGGGUGGCUCAGUCGGUUGAGCGUCCGACUUCAGCUCAGGUCAUGAUCUCACAGUCCAUGAGUUCAAGCCCCACGUCGGGCUUUGUGCUGACAGCUCAGACCCUGGAGCCUGCUUUGGCUUCUGUGUCUCCCUCUCUCUCCCUGCCCCUCCCCUGUGCACGCUCUGUCUCUGUCUCAAGAAUAAAUAAACAUUAAAAAAAUUUAAAAAAAAGAUAGAUGCAGGUAUGGGACACACACCGCAACCCACACAGAGUCUGUGGUCUUCAAGACCCUUCCUCUCUCACAACAUCAAACUUCCCCCGUACCCAUAACAGCUGAAUUCCACCGUCUAAUUGUUCAACAUCCUACUUGGAGGCUCCAGAGGCCUGACCACCAACCCCGGAAGCCCAGUGGAGCUGGCGACUCUCACGACUCAGCAGGC